AGCUGAUAACACUCCCAGUCAACAAAAAUGGUUGACUUGAAGUUCUGCUUCUACGGACUUUCUCUUCUUACUGGUUUUUUGCUCCAUGUUGUUGGAGUUUUCUCGCCAUGCUUCUUCACCUACUAUUUAUAUAGCAGAUAUUAUGAUCAGACGGAUCUGCUGAGCUAUGGGAUCGAUCCGGGGAUACCUUGGGGCAACUGGUUCAAAUUUGCAGUCUUCACAAGCUACUUGUCAGUUGUCUGUCAAAUUUUUGUGAUUGCGACGUAUGUCUACAUUGUUUAUGAAUCACACAACCACCAGUACUCUCAAAAACGUGUCACCUUGCUCAAGCUCAUCAAAUGGACGCUGCUAGUGAGCACUCUUCUUAUCAUUGGAAGCAUACAGUUGAUUACACUGGUAGCUUCACGGGAGAAGAACCCUACCUUAAAGUAUGGCUACUCAUUUUGGCUUCUAGUUGGAGCAAUUUGCAUGAGCCCCUUCAAUAUUUUGAUCGCUCGAUGGUUUGAUGAAGCGGCAGCAUUGAAGAUGAAGCAAACGUUUGCAAAGGUUCACCCAUUGAGCCUUGAAGUUCCCAAUGAUUUUGUUGUUUUGAAGAGCGGUUAUUUCCAAAUGAGUGAUAUUUAAAGGAAUUUGAACAGAAUAAAGCAAAUUUUCGAAAAA